AUGACUGAGGAAAAUAAAAAGCCUCACUUAAAAAAAUUACUGACGUUCUUUACAGAAGCUCCAUAAAAAACCAUCUAAAGAACUAAAACUGUUAGUGAAGCCUUUACUUAGCAUCUUACUUAACCAGUAACUUAAGUCUCAAAGUUGAAACGAUUUUUCACAUUAUCUUUUGCAAUUAUAAAAGGAAAAACAAAUGAGAAAAUGGAGAAAUUGUAAAGUAAUUUACAAAAAUCAUAAAAUGAUGAAAAUCAUCCUAAUUCUUUCAAAGUUUCUUCAACUGAAAAAAUGAAUAUUGUGUUAAAAAAAGAUAAUGAAUAAAAUGAAGAUAAAAAUUAGUAAAAGGUUGAACAUUCUAAAAGAUGUAUAACACCUUAAAGUAGAAUUGAUAAUAAUUGUAAUUCAAGUUUAGCCAUAUCUUAAUUAGAGGAUUAAUUAAUCGAUAGAAAUGCAGCAUCAUUUGCUAAUAUGACUUUAGAAUUAUCAAUGAAUACAAAUGUUUUAUAAUAAAUGGCUCUCCCAUCUAAAGAGACAAAUUUAUCCCAUAGAGAACUAAACUUUGAUGCAAUAUCUAAUCCAAUUUUAGAGAAAUCAUAAUCAUAAGAAAAUUUAAUAUUAGAAUAAAAUUAAGAUGGAAUUAUAGAAUAAGAGUAAAUUACUAAUGAACAGAAUUAACAAAUCAAUAAAAAUACUAGCUAAAAAAAAUUUCAAUAAACUGUCAAUUUAGUAUAAACAUUUAAUAUUGUUACAGGAACUUAUAGGCAUAAAUAAAAACUAUUAAAUUUUUUUUAGGAAGCCCCAAUUAAAAUUGCUUUAAAAACUAAAUUUGUUUUUUAAUAAUCCAAAAAGAAAUUAAUUAAAGAUCCUUAAUUUAAUAAUGUUACCUCAAAAGAUGAAAGAAAAUAGAAUAAUAAUAAUUAGUUAAACGAUUAAAUACUUGUAAAAGAAAAUAAUAUAGAACAUAGCUUUUAAUAGGCUAAUUAUAAUAAAAUUGACAAUUCAUAAUAAUAAUAAUAAUAAGGAUUAGUAAUUUAAUAAGAAAUAUAGGACUUGUAACUAGAUUAAUAAGACUAGAAUACUAUUGUUGUUUAGAACAAUAAUUAAAAUAAUUCCAAUAUUGAAAAUGAUUCUUAAAAACAUUAGAAAAGUUUAGUUAAUUUUAUUUAAAAAAGUGGAACUUUAAUGAAAAAAAAAACAAUUGAAAUGUUUUAAUCAAUAGAAAAUAAAUUUAAAUUUUAAGAAGAAUAAAAGAUUCACAUUAUAAAUUAAUAAGUUAAUAUAGAAAAAACAACAGAUUAUAUGAAUUAAUCAAAUAAAAAUUUGUUAGUAGAUAAAGGUAUUGAUAAUUAAUCUAAAACAGAAUUGUAAAAUCAAAAUUAGAAUUCAGAUUAAGAUGAAUAUGAAUAUUAAGUUGAUCCUUCUUUGGUAGAAGAAUUAAAAAUAUCAAAAUAAAAUACAAAUGAAAAACAGGAUGAAUUUAACUACAAAGAUGAAAAUUCUAACUUAAUGAAUGAUUCUUAAGCUAAUAGUAAUGGAGAAUUUUAUUCUAAUGAUAAGCUUCCUUAAGAAAUUACACAUAUUGAAAAAAAAUCAUUCCAUUAAGACAGCUUUGAUACAAGCUAAAUGUUUGAUAUUAUACAGAAAUCUUAAGAUACUUAAAGUUAAAAUUAGAAAAGCAAAAUUAAUAUUUAAGAUAAUCAAUCAAAUUAAUUGACAAGUAAAUUAUUCAAUAAAGAUGAAUUAAGAUAACAAUAUGAAGAAAUAAAUUAAGAGAUUCAAUAAUUAAAUCUUGAAAAAUAAUAAUUGCUUCCAAAAAAAAAGUAAUAGUUAAACAUAAUUUAGUGUGUUGAUUAAAAGUACAUUUAAACCAAAUUAUAAGAAAAUGGCAGAUAUUUCAGAUGAUAAUGAAGCUUUAUAUAAAGCAAAAGAUUUAAUUAGAAAAAUGAAUUAAAAAAGAAAAGAUAAAGAAGAGAGAACAAAAAAGUAAAAUGAAAAAAUUGAAGAAUAUUUCCACAAUCUACAAUAUUUAAAAGAAAGUUAAGAGGUUACUUACUAUAUUUAAUAAUUAGGAAAUGAAAAAUAGAUAUGAGUUUCAAAGAAAAUAAUAAAUAUAAAAUAGAAUAGAGGAUUAUUAAAAAAAAUAAAAAGAAUUUUCUUAAUUACAAAAGAUCAGUCACAAUUUUGUUUAAAAGUUGAUAAAUGUUGGUCCAUAAUAAGGUUAGUUGGCUAAAGAAUUUGAAGAUAAUGUAAUCUCAAUUAAGGGAGGAUAUAGAAAAGUGAAAUUAAAAAAUUUAGGAAUUGAAUUGCCAAAAAUAAAUGGAAAUAACAAUAAUGUUAUGUUUAGAAGGUGAAAAUUAUUUUAAUAAUAGGUACAUGAAUGAAGAAUUAGUAAAAUCUAAAUAAGAUGAGAUGAUAAGAAAAUAUGAAGCUAGCAAGUAAGCACUUUUUAAAUCCUCAGACUGA